AGUGGUGAGUUUGUCAUCUCUCUCUUGCGUGGUGAAUAACUCUCUCAGUGGUGUGUUGGUGGCUCUCCUAGCAAUGCAGAGAUUUUUGAGGUUAUCGAUCCCUCCAUGGAGCUGCAUUUCACGGGAUUUCCCAAGGAAGCUCCUGUCCGUGCGAUCUACAGUGUGGCAAGGGGGCACCCUUAGCAGCUCGACAAUGUCAGAGGGCGCCGGGGCGGGCGCCAAAGCUCGGGAUUUGGUAAAGUUUCUCGAAUUGGUGGGAAAUUUAAAGCAUCUCAAGAGAACUGGCUGGGUGCUGCGAGACGUUGAAGACUGCGAAACCGUGUCGGCGCAUAUGUACCGGAUGGCGAUGGUGACGUUCCUGCUGGACGGCUCAGAGGGCCUGGACAGGCUCAAGUGCAUGGAGUUGGCUCUCGUGCACGACCUGGCCGAGUGCACGGUGGGCGACAUCACGCCCUACUGCGGAGUGUCACGCGAGGAGAAGAAGAGGCGCGAAAUGGAAGCGAUGGUGGACAUUGAGAAGCUGAUCAGUCCGCGAGGAACGCGCAUGAUGGACCUGUUCCACGAGUACGAGGAGUCCCAGACGCCAGAGUCUCGCUUCAUCAAGGACUUGGAUCGACUGGACAUGGUUCUGCAGGCCUUCGAGUACGAAAAGCGCGACAAUUGCGUGGGGAAGCACAAGGAGUUCGUGGAUUCCGUGCACGGCAGGAGCCUCCAUCCGCUGGUGGGGAGCCUCAUCGACGAGAUCAAGGCCCAGCGGGCGGCCCUGAUGGGCGCCAAGAAGCAGGAGGACUCCAGUUGAUCGCGCAAUCGACAUUCCCAUUAGGCUCAAUUGACUCACUAUUUAUUUAGCAGGUUUUUACGGGUUCUCUAGGCGUUUUCCUCGCACUGGGAAAUUCUCUCGAAAGGCAGGGUGACCCGAAACACAUAGAAAUAUUAUACUAAGAAACAUGAUGGAUACUUAAAAUUACUAGAGAUGAAUUUAUUUUUCUCACAUUUCAAUGGUUUUAAUUAGGAAAAUACAGCAAUAUUAAGUGAAGUGAAACAUAAAAAAUAAGAAAUUACUUGUUAAUCUAUGGAAUUUUUCAACAAAAAAACAGAGAUUUUCGCGGAAUUUGUGAAAUUCAUACAAUUUGUUGUGUGAAUGAAAUGAAGUUUUUGGACAAACAAUAUCAGAGAAACAGACAGAUAAACAGGCAAUUUUCUUGUGAAUAACGGCAAAUGUUCACACUAGGAAGUGCAAUACUUCAUCCAAAGAUAAUUAAACGUUAUAUUUGAGAUGUUUCUGGAUGUAAUUUUCUUUAUUUAAUGUCUUGCCUCCGGACUUUUUGCAAAGCAGCAACACUUUAUUAGCCUUUAAAGGCUCAACAUAGCAAUAAAAGGAGGUUAGCUCCGCCCUCUUGAACGCCCCGCCCACUGGCGGAAUAUUCCUCAUUCUUAUCUAGUCUUCUGAUCUCUUGCAACCAAUUAGUGCCUGUAACUAAGUCAGUAGCAGUUUGCAGAACUUGUGCAGUAGAAACUCAGUAUUGGUCACCCUGUCGGAGGAGGGAAAAAGUGAGAAAGUAGAAGAUGACGAGUGAAUAAAGCGCACGAAAGGGCGUAGGAAAAAAAACAUAGUUCAAUCGAUAAAGAUAUUCCAAUUAUAUUUAUUGUAAUAGAAGCACAAUAACGCGAUGAAAUAGACGAGAUGAACACAAUUCUGUCUAUUGAUGUCUUGAGCGGCCCUGAGACUUCCUGGGAAUAUCGAAUUGUUGAGCCAUAUUUCGUUUGUUUCAAGUGUAGCUUAAGAAGGAUCAUUUUCACAAGCAAUUUGCACCUCAGCAAUCAAUGUCAAAGCCAAUUUCAUGUAUAUCAA